AUGAGCCAAGAUCCUUUCAGACCGGAGCUGAAUAAUUCUUCUGGAAAUGCAAUGAGAGGAGGAGAUGACCUGCUGUCAGCUGUGGUGGGCAAUCAAACAAAUAUAGAGUGUUUGAUUAUAAACUCUCAGCGUUGCCAGAGGGAGAUGACGACCGGUUGCCCGCUGGAGUUGACCAGUUGGCAGCUUGUUGUGUACGCUGCCUUGUCCUCAUCCUACUCUGGCUGUUUCCACCAGACUCUAAAGACACUUGAGUUGAACACGUCGAUGUGUUUUGUUUUACCCUCUGUGAGGCUGGCCCUCAGUGAGAGGGUCCCAGGGGAGGUUGAGAUUAGCUCGAAUGUGAUGAGAUGGCCCCCGGUCUGGCCCCCGACUCUCCUCACUGAGACGGCCCCAUUUACCAACCUGGCCUGCAGCCAAACUCUGCAGGCUGACGAACAACUGCCAGAGACGCCCAACACCUGCCAACACCUGAAGCAUGGACGGGCUUCUGAGGAAAUCCAGGGAUCUGGGGCCCAGGCUGUUCAUGUUCAUUGCAGGCGGGGGAAGAAGUGUUCAAUGGUGUUUUUUGUGUCCUCAGGGGGUCUCAGCUGCUUCCGACUGGGUCACGAGAAUCUUUGCGAGCAUUCGCUGCACCUCCACGAGGGCCUGGACACCGGCGCGACGGCGAGCCUGACAGGAACGCUACCUCACUCCUUGCCCUCCACUCCGGACAUCGAGAACGCAGAGCUGACCCCAAUCCUGCCCUUCCUCUAUUUGGGGAACGAACACGACGCUCAGGACAUCAACCUGCUGCAGCGCUUGAAUAUCGGUUACAUCCUGAACGUGACCACCCACCUGCCGCUCUACCACUACGACACCGGCCUCUUCAUCUACAAACGCCUGCCCGCCACCGACAGCAACAAGCAGAACCUGCGCCAGUACUUUGAGGAGGCGUUUGAAUUCAUUGAGGAAGCACAGCAAGCAGGUAUGGGCCUUCUGAUCCACUGCCAGGCAGGCGUGUCUCGUUCAGCCACCAUCGUGAUCGCCUACCUGAUGAAGCACACCUGGAUGACCAUGACGGACGCCUACAAGUUUGUCAAAACCAGGAGGCCCAUCAUCUCCCCGAACCUCAACUUCAUGGGCCAGCUGUUGGAGUUCGAGGAGGACCUCAACAACGGAAUCACGCCACGCAUCCUCACGCCAAAGCUGAUUGGUGUAGAGACCGUCGUCUAAAUGGACCCCAGUUUCGCUGUUUUUCAAGACAGGCCCGGCUGCUCUGGGAGCCGGUUGAGAGCAUGAGAGAGCUGUAUUCUUGAAUCUCCUCAUGCUCAUCUUGGACUCUCUGGAGUGCCAAAGCUCUGGGUCAGCGGUGAUGAGAAAUGCCAAAAAUCCCUACUGUUCGGACCUGGCCGACGUCCCGGAGGAGAAGGCAAGUUAGAGAGAUGGAGGAAGUGGUCAGAGGGAGGCUUUCCAUUUGUGACUGCAGAGAAACGAAAGAGAGCUGAGAGAAAAUCGGUUUGGAAAAGAUAUUCUAUGUGCUUAGGGCAAUUACUGACAAGACAAACUCUAGAAGCUCAUACGGUGGCACAUAGUUUAUGCCUGCAGACUCAGGCUUGGGGUUGGCCACGGCAGUGCCUGUCAAAAAAAAAAAAAAAAAAAGAUGAAGA